GACGAAAAUCGUAUUUCUUACACUACCCAAUAAAACCUUGCAACCUUACCUCAUUUUGUGGCCAUGGCUUCACUCACUUGUGUCCGACCAACUCACUCUCUUCUUCUUCGUUGCGGUUUUCCGCUUCCAAGUCGCUGCUUCAACCAUUCCUCCUCGCUCGACCGGGUUCUCUCUAUCGCGAACCGCCCCAUGCCACGUCAUACAACUACUCCACGCGCGGUGGCCAAGGUUGGUUUCUCACCCGCACGAGAUGAACUCGCUUCUCCUGGUGAUCUUGAAUUCGAGGCGCCUCUGAAAAUUGUGCAAUAUCCAGACCCGAAAUUGAGGGCCAGAAAUAAGCGCAUAGCUACGUUCGAUGAUAAUCUGAAGAAGAUUGUCCACGAAAUGUUUGACGUAAUGUACAAAACUGAUGGAAUUGGUCUCUCAGCACCCCAAGUGGGACUUAAUGUUCACCUUAUGGUGUUCAAUCCAGUAGGUGUACGUGGUGAAGGUGAGGAAAUUGUUCUUGUAAACCCAAGAGUUAACAAAUACUCAAAGAAACUGUCACUCUCUAAUGAAGGGUGCCUAUCUUUCCCCGGAAUUUAUGCCGAUGUAAAGAGACCAGAAUCUGUGAAGAUUGAUGCACGUGAUGUCAACGGAACAAAGUUUUCAGUCAACUUGUCUGGCCUUCCUGCACGAGUAUUCCAGCAUGAGUUUGAUCAUCUACAGGGAAUUCUUUUCUUUGAGAGAAUGACUGAAGAAGUUCUUGAUAGUAUUUCUGGACAGCUACAGGCCUUAGAAAUGAAGUACGAGGAAAUGACUGGAUUCCCAAGUCCUGAAACGAUAGUGAACCGCAGGAGGAGAAAGGUUGCUGCUGGUUUUGGGAAAUUAUGAUCUUCAAGGUCAAUAUUAGGCGUAAUACUGAGCUCAUCACAUACCAGAAAUUUCUAGUUUGAAGUCUUGCAUGAAAAAAAUUAACCGUAGAUUGUCACAGAUGCUGCAUAUGGUUGUAUAGGUGUCAUUUUCACUCUCUAAAAGUGAGCUUCUGUCACUCUCUAAAAGGUUUCAGUUUGUUAACUGUGGUUUUAUUUUAUAUUUCAUCCCUGUUGGCCAUUGAUUGCUACAUGAGUUUUCUCUGGGUUGUCUGAUUGCUUUUAUAGGUGCCACUGUUAAUGCAUAGUAAUUUGGAGACAUCUCUAUGAUCAGUGCCAUUGCAAGUUGUUUAUGUUGUCCUGAAGGGAAGAAAACCUUUAGCUCUAGUGAAGGUGAUUGAGAAAAUGAUUUUAUUUAUCUGUAGUCAUUUUGCUUUGUAUUAUUUUACGAUUUACAGUUCAUAGAGUGGAGGAAAACCUUUCUUAAUAUGGUUUGCUGCGAAUAUUUGAGGCAAUAAUCGUUUGUAAUUGCACUGUAAUAACUUGCAAGUCUUAAAUUAUUAUCUCUGCAUGUGUGGAUAGGGCUGCUUUCUUCAAAAUUCUUAAGCAGUGCCA